GGAGCGGGCAAAGACUGCCGAGCUGUACCGCGACUUCUGCCUUACUUCGAUCCAAUGCAUCCAAGCCACCGUGGAGUACCUCACAGACCGUGAGCAAACCAGACCGAGCGAUCGGCCUUACACCAACGGCUACUUCAUCGACCUCGUUGAGCAAAUCCGCAUGCACGCCCAGCAGAUGCAGGACGCUCGCGAGAGACUGGCCUCUGGCGAGGCUGCCGAUGACCUCGACGUCGACCCGUAUGUUUCUCUUCAUCAACUCUGCCUGCAACCACCUACUGACAUGAUCACCACCAGCACCGAUGAGGUCAAGCUCAUGGGUGGUCUCUCUCAAAACGGACGGCCCGCCGAGCUUGUCAGAGUGAAGAAGAACGGCAAGGCCAUCUCUCUGGCGACCGGCCAGCCGAUCGAGGACUACGACGAGGAGUCCAAAGAUGGUCCUAUCCGCGUCAAGCGAUCAAUGAGCCAACAGCUCGAAGACGAGGAGGAGAUCAUGCGUUCCAUGGCUCGCCGGAAGAAGAACGCCACUCCGGAGGAGCUUGCGCCCAAGAAGUGCAAGGAGCCUGGCUGCAACAAGGAGUUCAAGCGCCCUUGUGAUCUCACCAAGCACGAGAAAACACACUCGCGCCCCUGGAAGUGUCCCUUCACCACCUGCAAAUACCACGAGUAUGGCUGGCCCACGGAGAAGGAGAUGGAUCGCCACGUCAACGACAAGCACUCCUCCGCGCCUGCCAUGUACGAGUGCCACUUCAAGCCCUGUCCGUACAAGUCGAAGCGUGAGUCCAACUGCAAGCAGCACAUGGAGAAGGCUCAUGGCUGGACUUAUGUCCGCACAAAGACAAACGGCAAGAAGGGCGACAGCGUCAAGGGCAGCUCCUCCGCUCAGCCCACGCCUGCCAUGGGUAACCUACCAACCCCAAGCAGCGAUCACACCAACCCCAUCAUGACUCCCCCUGAGGACAUGAUGAUUGGUUCGCACCUCGACUUUCCCAUGUACCCUUCGCACGAGCAGUUCCAGGCCGACCUCUUCGGUGUCCCCAGCCUGCAUGAUGACAUUCAGCUCGAGUUCUCCCCUGAGGAUCUCACACCCGAGGAGCUCUCGUCGCCCCUCGAGCGUGGCACUCCAUCCACUGAUGCUGGCCAGUUCAAUGCUUUCCAGGAGCUCACCCCCGAGUUUACUGGUCAGUUUGAGGACAUCUAUGGAGCGCACGUGCAGCUGCCCACCCCUCCCAACAACUUCUUCAACAAGGAGUUCUCGGCCAAUUUCGCCACCAUGGGACAGGAUCUGUGCGCGCCCCUCAAUGGCAACCAGCCUCACUUCUCGCCAUCUGGCCAGGGCAGCGCCAUGCUCUACACCCCUACCUCGAUGGCAGACUUGGACGAGGGCUUCAUUGACGAGUUUGCCGUCAACGGUCAGAUCGGCGAAGAUUUCCCUCUUUUCCCAACUGGUGGUCUGGACAAGUCUAUGGAGCUUGAUCCCACCGUGUUUGGCACCAUGCCACCAAGCUUGGCUGCUGGUUUUACUCAGCCAUCGUCUCAAGACUUUAUGGACUACACCACGGUAGACUGGUCUGGCGAUUUUGCCACUUUCCCGGAGCAGCACUGAGCUGUUAAGAGUCAGCACUAAAGGGAGAUUUCUUACGAUGUUACGAUUAUGAGUAGAAGUUCUGGCUGCGCAGGGUUUCUGCGGCUGCAGGUUGUGCGAACCACUUAGCGACAAGUCUUUCAGUCUUUCGAGGUUGAGUGAUACUCCCCGAGACUUUUGUACAUAAUUUUAUGUGUUCUGGUUUCCGCAAGCUUGCCACCUUGUUUUUUCUUGAUUGCUCUCGGUAAAGCUGGGCGAGAGUAUGGUUGGCAAUCAGACUGAAGCCAUUUUCGGAUUGGGAAUAGGGUUUAAGAUUUCGAGGUCUAUAGCCCCUGGCGGUUAAUGAAUUGACCACACUCCUCUACCUGAA